AUGUGGUCAAUCAGUGAAGACUUCGCCAAAAAAGGGAAGGAUUCUGCUCAGCAACAGUGGUCUGAUGUUGAGGAGUUUGCCCAAGAUGUAUCCACAGACAGGCUGCAGAACCUUCUUCGACACUUUCCACAUGUCUAUAGUGUGACGGUAUGCGACGAUGUCUCUCUCAUUAGACACCAACAGGAUAUCGUUGCAACACCCUCCCAAUGCCGAGAAAUAUACCAUAAGUUAAGCCGAAAAGACGUCCCUCUCUUCAAGAUCGGCCAGAGUUGGGAUGUAACCAUGAGAGUAUUUGAACACCUCGGGAAAGGGCCGCUUGAGAUCAUGGCACUCAGCUUAAUACUGAUGCCUCAAAUCUUCUUCCAUAUAUCAAAGACCGACGAGAACACAAUGACUCAACUAGUCAAGGGGGUUACAACUUUGAGCAUGAGUGUUCAGACUUGCAUAUUCUGUGGCAGCGCUUGUUGUCGCACUAGCGAGAGCAUGGAUGGUAUAUCCUUGGGCAAAAUCCUAGCUGGGAUGUCAUGUCCACAAAAUCUCAACAUCUUUGGCGUGAGUGGCCUUCAGAAGGCGUCCAACGGACAGAUCGUCGAAUGUGAACCACUAGGAAAGGAUCCUAUUAUGUCCAGUGUCGUCAAAUCCAGAUUGCCUGGGCUUCAGUCUUUCAAUCCCAGCAGGUUUAAAGUGAACGAGGAAGAUCUUUUGCAAUUUUACGAAUCGAAUUCUAUCCUCAAAACCAAUCUUCGACAAGUAGUCCUCAACAAACGAUCCAAUGGAGGGAGACCAUGGCUCCGUUUGAUUGAAGUAUUGAAAGCAAAAGAGACAGAGGCAUCCAUAAUCGUUUUGGAAGAUGAAAUCCCUCCUGGAUAUCCGGACGACUAUUAUAGCCAACAUGAGGUAGAUGAUGGCGUUAUCAAGAUAGGCUUUGAACCUUCACUUGGUCUAGAUCGGUUGCAAUUCCAAUUAACCGAUAUGUUGGUCAAAGGAAGGAAGUGGGUGGAGCUUCUUCCAUAA